GCAGUGGCUUCGGACGAAGCCGAUCAAUACCAGAGGCCCGUCGUGUUGGCAGCGAGUGAACCCUCUUUCUGCCACUGGUUGCGCCGGCGAAUACAUCUCCCGGGUGGCCCGACUGCAGAAAGGCUCUCUCACAGAUCAUCACAGCCAUGUUACGUGAAACGCUUCCGCUGUUCCUGGGAGCAGCGCUUUUCGCUUUUGGCAGUACAAACGCCUUCAUACAACACCCUCCCAAGGAGGCACUCCUCCCUGAUGUGCUUCUGAGGGAGGUGGUGGAUCGCAUGGGUAAGGAUCUCGCUGACGCGGCAGACGCUGCCUACAUCGACUUCCCCGAUACCAACAGGAUGUCUCUGGGGGCGCUGAUGUCGGGGCGCGCGGUCAAGGACCUGGACGGUGAGGAGGCGCAGUUCCCGCUGGACUACGAGCACUUCGCAGAUCUGGCCAAUAACCCCAGCCCCAGCAUCCGUGACCAGGAGUACCUGCAGCACAGUACACUUUGGGGACACCAGUACGUCGCAGGAGGCUCUGGUGAGGCCGCCGAGUCCGGGAGGCCACCGCAGGUGAAGACGGACGCGGCGCUGCCGUCGUACUGCAACCCGCCCAACCCGUGCCCGGUGGGCCACGGCGCUGAGGACGGCUGCAUCUCCUCCUUCGAGAACACGGCCGGCUUCUCGCGCCGCUUCCAGGCCGAGCAGGACUGCAUGUGCGACACGGAGCACAUGUUCGACUGCCCGUCCUCCUCGUCGAGCUCCGGGGGCGGCGGCGGGGGUGGCAACAGGGGCGGCGACCAGCGCGGCAGCCGCGACGGCUCCGAUCUCGACCGCUUCGUGCAGCAGUUCGCGGGGGUGGAAGACCGUCAUCCGACGCUGGUCGCUAAGAAGUACCACAUUGAAAAGGACGAGAAUCCAUUUCUGCAUGGAGAGCGGCUGCCUGUGGCUGCGAAAAAGGGGAACAACGUCCUUUACUGAUGACCUGCACCACAGACUGGAAUAGCAUGCGGUCCGUAGCAGAUCCGCGCUACUCUCCCGAGCUAGUCGCAUCUCAGAGCUGACAGGGCCGCGUCAGGGGGCGAGUUGUGCGGUUCUGAGGCCGAGCGACCGCCCAGAGGAAACUUCUCACACCGACAAAUCUUACAUGAGUCACACUUGUACGCUCAACCACUGCUAUUUUUAUCCGGAAUUGAAUACGUACAUUCCUAGGCGAACGCGCAAAAGCUGCGUGCUCAGACGCAUAGUAACAGUAUCCUUCACACAUUCAUACUCCAACCUCAUUCAGCGCCAAAAUCUAGGCCUUUCAAGAUUCCAAGAGUCCACCAUGGCUGGGGUCCAACAUGAAACCUGCUGAUCCAUCAGUAACACAACAAACCUUUUGCCAACGAUACAUAUCUGCACUUCAUGAACUCCCCGAUUACCAUAUUUUAUCAGUCGUUCAACCAUCAUGACCGUGUUGUAUUAUCAGUCAUUUUCAGUGACAUAAAAGCUAGUGAACCGUCACAUAUCAACUGGAAUCCCUACAGAAUUGUUAUAUUUAUCUGGAAAGAUGUUAUUGCCCCCUGUAGCUUUUUCUUAACAGUUUAAGGAAAAGACAGAUUGCUACUUACCGUAAAGAUGACACGUUAAGUUGCAGACAGGCACAGUUAAAAGACACUUACACAUUAACUUUCGGCCUCAGCAUUCUUCAGAAAAAGAAAGAGAAAUACGCACACAUUCAUUCACACAAGCAACCACGUGUCACCAACACAUGACCAUCAUCUCCGGCAGCUCGGACCAGAAGGUGUCAUCUUUACAGUACUUAGCAAUCUAUCAUUUCCUUGCGAUGCUGAUAUUCCAGUCUGGAGUUUCCAUAGUUUUUAGCUGUUUUAACUUACAUAUACACACUACGACUCAGCAGUUUGGCCUGUUAUCACAUAAAUUUCACAUAAUCCUGUAUUAGGAACUUCAUAAACUAUGUACCUAACAAAGAAAAGGCACAGGCCAACGUAUUCAUUCCAAAAAAAGAAAUAAGUGUAGUGAGUGUUACAAAAGUUAACAUUAAUAAUUUCUUCAAUUA